UUGAAUCAAAUCUAUUAAUUCAAUGGACUAGUAUUUUAUUAGUUAUUUUAUUAAGUUUUUACGCAAUUUAUAGAUAUUAUCUGUCAAAAUGUAAUUAUUGGGAGACACAAGGCGUCCAAACAGUAUCGGUUGGGCUAUGGACUCGGUUAACAAAAAUGGCGCACAAUUGGGAACAGGAUUUGUACCGUCGGUACGGCAAAUGUUUCGGUGUCUAUGAGCUAACAGUUCCGGUACUCUAUGUGUCGGAUCCGGUAGUGAUUCGCGACGUUUUGAUCAAAGAUUUUCAUUGUUUUGUAAACAAAAGGUCAUUUACCAACAAUACUGAUCCAGUGAUGGACAAUAUGCUCGACAAUCUUAUGGGACACAACUGGAAGAGAGUCCGAUCGAUAAUAUCGCCGACAUUUACCAACAGUAAACUAAAACUAAUGAUACCAUUGAUUAAGGAAUGUCUGCAAACAAUGGACAAGAAUCUCGAGAGAGUGGCCGCCGACGCCGCCACUGCCGACGGGUCAUCACAACUACCCUUACUUGAGACUGAUAUCAAACAAUUGUUUGGCGCCUACAGUAUGGAAGUCAUCAUUCAGGUUGCCUUCGGUGUCAAAGUUGACGUAAUGAUCGAUGAGGACAACCCUAUCAUACGAAAUAUACGGACAUUUUUCGCCCGUGAUCUUAGUCUACGAUAUUAUAUCCUAUUUCUACCGGAAUCGCUGGUCAAAUGGUUGAAACUGGAAAUUUUCGACCGAAAUGUUACCAAAUUUUUCCAAGACUUUACACUUAAACUGAUUGAUGACUAUCGCCGACAACAACAACAACAACUGAAGACUGGAGUCAAUGGUAAUCAACAAAAACGGAUCUACUUUUUGCAGUUAAUGUUAGACUCGAUGUCAUCAACCGAAACAACGACCGACGAUAAAGUAGAUGUUAUUACCGAUGAAGAAGACGAAGACAUUACUGAUGGCUCAGUCAAUAAUCAGGAAGAAUAUGAAGAGUUGUUUUCGUCGUCGUUGUCGUCGUCGACGAAAUCGAUGAACACGUCUAACAAAAGUAUAUCAAUUGAUGAACUAAUAUCUCAAUCGGUAUUUUUGUUUAUUGCCGGUUACGAGACAACUGCCUCAACACUAUCGAUAGUAUCGUAUUUGUUGGCCAAGAAUCCCGUAGUUCAGGAAAAAUUGUUUGAAGAAGUCGAUGACUAUUUCAUACAUAACAGUCAGAAAGACGUCGACUACGAUAUAUUACGUUCGCUAAAAUACUUGGACGCAGUUAUCAAAGAAUCGAUUAGAUUGUAUCCGAACUCACCGUUUAUCGAACGAGAAGCCAACACUGACUAUACGUUGAGCACUGGUAUCCAAAUAAAAACCGGUCAACAAAUUCAUAUACCUAUCUAUGCUAUACAUCGAGAUGAUGAUAACUUUCCCCGAGCCGACCAGUUUAUACCCGACAGGUUUCUGGAUGAUAACGAUAUACAGCAGCCGCACAAUCCGUACGUCUAUUUGCCGUUUGGUAUCGGACCGCGAAACUGUUUGGGCAAACGAUUGGUCGAUUUGAUAAGCAAACUAUCGCUGGCCAAUGCCGUACAUAAGUACCGGUUCAUCGACACUGGGAAACCAAUGGAAUUUUAUGAAAAUUUGCUUCUAAUGGCACCUAAAAAAGUUAUGGUUAGUGUUGAGAAACGGGAGGUUAAAAAACAUCAAUGAGUGCUAAAAAUAAAAUAAUAAUUAUUAUUGAAUUUUUUUUCAAACAAUUUAAUUAAAUUUUAAU